AUGAAUUUCGAGGCCGAGAGAGAGGCGUCCAAGAUUGUAGAACAAGCUAGGCAGUUCCGAACGAAGCGCGUCAAGCAAGCGCGAGAUGAGGCCAAAUCUGAAAUUGAAGACCACCGCGAGGAGAUGGAGAAGAAGUUCAAGGCUUUCGAGUCCGAACACACCGAGGGAAACACCGCUGCCGAGCAGGAGGCCUUGAAGGAUGCCGAAGUUCAGAUCAAGGAACUCAAGGACAGGGCGCAAAAGCACAAGGACAAGGUCAUUGGCGACCUUCUCGGCGCCGUCUUCGAGGCGAAGCCUGCCCCGCCUGCCGCGCUCCUCGCCCAGUAA